AGAAGAUUUGGCCGCUCAGCAGCAACUAGCCAGCCGGUGAGGGAGGAACCGGCCUCCAGGGGCCAGAGGCAGGCAGCUCACUUCCCCAGGAUUAAGUGGGAUCGAGAGAGAUUACAGCCCUCUCUCUCUCUCUCGUUUCCCCCUGUUGCUCGAUGAAAGCGUAGGACUCUGUCCACCCUCAGGGGAAUAUUUUUUCUCAAGCUGAUUUCUAGUUUUCUCUUCGAUUGGAGGACGGACGGGCUGGAAGAGGACUUGGAUACCUCAGGUGUAAGGUUUACCGUCCGUCCUGGUGAUCAGCUAACAGGUGGUCGGGGGUCCAGGGAUCAUGAGGCAGGCGGUGGAGGCUCAGGUCGUAACUCCGCCCUUUGAGCUUGGAGAGCAAGGCCUGCGGCAGGUCUUGUCGGACGUGAUCGAGGAGGUCAGGCGCUCCAUUAGUCAGGACAUUGAUGGAGUAGAGGUCCUCCACAGUCUGCUGACUGCGUCUUGGCUCCAGUCGCUGCUUAAGGUGUACGAAUGUCUUCAAAGGUAUCUGACAGACUGCCCUGCUCCAGCUCUGGAUUUUGCUUCAGGACUCUCACUUCAGUUGUUGAUAGACAUCAGAUCGCUCCCAUACUGUUCUGAAGAAGCCAAAGAGUUGUACCGUCUCCUCCGACAGCCGCACAUGCAGGCUCUUCUCUCGGCUCACGACACCGUGGCCCAGAAGGACUACGAGCCGGCGCUGCCGCCGAUGCCGGACGAGCUGCCGGACGAAGAGGAGGCCACCCGAAUCGUCUGCCUGGUCAAGAACAAGCAGCCUCUGGGAGCGACCAUAAAGAGAAAUGACAUCACGGGAGAGAUUUUCGUGGCUCGUGUUAUUCACGGAGGACUGGCCGAUCGAAGCGGCCUGCUUCAUGCAGGAGACAGAAUUAUGGAGGUGAAUGGUUUUCCUGUGGACGGAAUGGAGCCUGAGCAAGUUAUCCAAGUGGUGCAAGCUCGGUCACACGGCACCAUCAUGUUUAAGGUCAUUCCCAUCACAGAGAGGCCGAUCCACAACCAGACCACGCUCUACGUCCGGGCCAUGACCGACUACAGCCCUCAGCAGGACCCAACCAUCCCCUGCGCCGACGCCGGGAUGAGCUUCAAGAGAGGCGACAUCUUGGAGAUCGUGGACCAGACCGACGCCCUCUGGUGGCAAGCCAAGAAGCUGCCCGGCAGCUCGGCCUGUGCCGGACUCGUCCCUUCCACUAGCCUGCUCAAACGGAAGCAGAGGGAGUUCUGGUGGUCCCAGCCGUACCAACCACACGUCUGCAUGCAAAUCUUGAGCACCGUCGACGAAGAGGAGGAUUUGAUGGCCAUUGAUGAGAGAUGUGUCGAAGCGGACGAGGAGGCAUUUGAAUCUGAGGAGCUCCGAGAAGAGGAGGAUGACUUCAGCAGCAACAUUGAAGGAGUUUACUUGGCGGGGUUCAGGCGCAGCAUCCGUCUGUGUCGCCGGCGUUCCCAGAGCGCAACUCAGCCUUCCUCCCACAUCCGCUGCCCCAGCAGCUGCAGCAGCGUCCUAAACGACCCUUACGAGGAGGUGGUCCGGUACCAGCGCCACCCAGAGGACACGCAUCGCGUCAUUGCCCUCAUAGGUUCGUCUGGUGUGGGCGUGAAUGAACUCCGACGGCGCUUGAUCGAGAUGAACCCAAACAUCUUCCAGGGAGCUAUACCGCACACAACAAGAAGUCCAAGAGGGUACGAGGAAUCCGGGAGAGAAUAUUACUUCACCAGCCGAGAGAUUUUUGAUCACAUGGUCUACAAUCAUCGGUUUCUGGAGUUUGGCGAGUACAAAGGUAACCUUUACGGAACUAGCAUCGAUGCCGUGAAAGACGUUUUACACAGCGGAAAGAUCUGCGUCGUCGACAUAGAGCCGAACGUUGUUCAGGCAGUGAGGACUCAUGAACUGAGAGCGUACAUCGUCUAUGUGAAGCCCCCGCCUCCGGAGCGCCUCAGGGAGACGAGACAGGACUCGUACAUCACCACCAACUACUACGUCAACCGUCCAUUCAAAGACGAAGACUUCCACGAGAUGGAGGAGUCGGCGCGGAAGAUCGAGGCUCAGUACUUUCAGUUCUUUGACCAGGUGAUCGUCAACGACGAGCUGCAGGACUCCUGCGUCCAGCUGCUGACGGCCGUCAGGAAGGCACAGGAUGAACCGCAGUGGGUCCCCGCCCGCUGGAUCCGACCCACGGCCGAGUCAUGAGAGAGAGGGAUUAGAGCACUCUUCGCCGGGAAGAUACCAAUGUUGAAAUGUAAAAUCCUUGCCUGGAUGUUUGAGGGGAGGCAAGCCAGGAAAUAUGUAAAUCCUUUGAUCUGUAUGUAUACGUGUGGAAAGCUUGCUCUGGUCUUUAAAUCUCUUUUAAAUCCCAGAGGAGGACACAAAGCCCCAAGAAAUCCCAUAAACUGUGUCACAAUUUCUUUUUUUCUUUUUUUUUUUUAAACUCUGCUCAACGUAGCUUAUUUAGAUGUGCUUUGUGUACUGGAUUGGAAGGUGUUUAGAUUAAAACAAAUCCGUUUUGUACUUUGGAUGCAGCUCCGUUUUCAAUAAAGAAAGCAAA